UAAUAUUCUUUUCUUUACAGUGACCAGAAAAAAGAAAAUUAAACUUGGAAUUUUCUUUUUAACAAAUAAAAAAAAUUAAAAUGAGAAAAUGUGUAAUGUUGUGUUUAUUUCAAAGAUGAUACACUUAUAUGACUUUAACAUGCCAAUGUUUGGAGGUUAUGUGAUUGAUAGAAAUCAUGUGUAUUGUUUCAUUUAAAAAUAUAUAAGAUGUCGUUAUCAGUCAUUUGUAACAUCCGAACUUUGCUAUGUGAGUCCUGUUUAUGGGAUUAUAAAGAGAGGGCUGUCUCUUUUUGUUAAAGAUUAUGGUUGAUUGCACUUUGGUUCUAUUACGAAUUUUGUGUAAUACCGGUACAUAUGCGUGACGUUAAAUCAGAUGUUAAAUGCCGAUAUCUAGAGGUUAAGUGAUUCAUAUUAUUUGUAAUUUUUUUUACUUAUCGGAUGGUUGUAAAAAUAAAUGCAAAAUUUACAUCAGGACAUAUUAUUUUUUAUGUUCAAAAUACAGAAAAAAAAAUAUAAGUUCUGAUCUCUCAUUUAAACAACCGAACAUUUGUAGUUGUUUUAAAAGGGUGUAUACAACAUCGUAUGACGGUUUAUCCCUGUAGUAUUUUUCUAAGGAUUCAUCAUUAUACCGCUUAAUUUAAUAGUUCACGAAUUAUUGCUUUCUCUGAUACUGUUAAAGGAACCGUUCUAUCGGUCAGUUGAUUACCGAGAUACACAGGUCAGGAUGGUGAUUUUUCUCAAUUCUUAAAAGGUGUCAUACAGUCGCAAAUAUAAAUAAUGAAAAGUAUAAAUAUGUUUUUUCCGUUCAAGAUUUCUUCUUAUCUCUAAGCAUAGUGUAUAUUUUAAGGAAAUAAUUUUAUUCAAUAAUUUCACAUUUAUAACGUUAUUUAAUGUAAACAAACAACAUUGGGGUAUAUAGUAGUAAAGCAACACCAGAGGUAAAAAUAAAAAUCACCGCUAACCGAACUUAGCCCCGAAAAAGAUUGUAAGUAAUAUGAAAUCAUCGUAUGAAGGUUUUUAUGUGCAAUGUAUUUCUUAGGGUUCAAUAUUAUAGCGUUUAAUCUCAUAGAUCUGGAAUCAUUGUUUUUCUCUGAAUUAUUGCUUUCUCUGAUACUGUUAAAGGGAACGUUCUGUCGGUAAGUUGAUUAUCCCUCCCCUUGAGUUUUUCAGGGUCCUGUCAUGUUGUUUACGCUUGAACAGCAUCAUCCAACGGGAAUUCGAGAAGGGGGAAAACUUUUAAGAAAUAAAAUAAUGGUAGAAUACAUUUGAUGUAUUGUAUGUUCUAAGUCCUCAGAGGAGACUGACGUGCCUUAGUACACAUUCAAAGAAUAAAAAUCAUCAUGUAUCAAUGUGGUUAUUGUGAAUUGAUGUUUAUCGAUUAUGAUAGCAUGUCCGAACAUGAGAAAGACCACGAACGGAUUAUCAAUAAUAAUAUAUCAAAUUCCACAAGGUAAGAUUGAAUAUAUAUGUCCGUAUUUAUAAAUGCUCAGGUGUACACAGCACGAUGUUUAAAAUCUGUAACAGUUAAAGGAAGACAAUCCAUGAAAACGUUUAACCUUUAUAACUGAUUGAAAAUUUAGACACAUAACAGUGUCAUGUUGUAAAUUUUGUAUUUACACCCACCCAGUAAAUUCAAAAUUUUUCUGUAAGGUUCAACGUCAAUUUUCAUAACUAGAUUAUACAUUCUAUUUGAUAUUGAUUAGUUAAAUCAUUCAAAUCAUACGAUAUUAGUAAGUUAUAUAAUAAUUUUUAUGGAAAGUAGAUUUUUCAUGGAAGACAUAACUUGGGUAGAAAAGAUAUAUUUUUCUUUGAGUACUUCUUUAGAUCAUUGUAAGGAAUUUUUCUUAUGUAAGUUAGGUGCAGAUUAAUUAACCAGUUAAUCUGAUAGUAAAACAGUUUAUUUGGCAUAAAUUCUUCUCUAUACUAUGUAAAUUUGAUUUCUUUUCAUAAGCUAAACGGAAAUUUGUCACUUUUUAGCUCAACAAAGGAUGACACUAUUUGAGUAAUCCAGCAUGUCCAUUUUGUACCCUUUGAUCAAUUAAUUUAGUCGCGCAACUGUUUAUUUAGGGGAUUAUUGAGGUGAUACCUGGGUAUAAUUAUUUAGCCGUGAGCUACACGGUCUUCCUUUUUAGACCACUCUCAUUACGUAAUUUCUAAUUGCUUUUUUCGGACAAAGUCACGGAAUCAUUUAGUCACGUGGUAAUAAUUAAAUAAUUUGAUUGGAUAUAUACCCAAGGAGUCGAAAUUAGUAUAGCGCGUGGGACCGCAUUUUAUCAUUCCAUUGCGGGUUCCAAUAAUAUAAGAAUCGUCAACUAAUUUUGACUUUUGUCUUCUUUUUCCAUUAAGUGCACCAAGACUUUAAGUCCUCUUGCACUAAUAUAGGCUAAUUCCCCAUAAUCUAAGAGAAGAAGAGAGGCAACGUUACUAGUGGAGAAACCGACAGAUCCUAGAAUGAAACCUCAAAACCAGGCACCAGAAGGAGUGCAGACCAGAGCGAUGGAAGCAGCGGCUGUAAACACAGCUACAGCACCUCCUCAGUCUCCAUCACCACAGAGGACGCAGCCACCGCCUCAGUUACCAUCACAACAGAGGAUGCCACAGCUAUCAACUUCACCCCAGAGGACCCAGCCAUCUAGACCCAUGCCAGGCACUCCAACUCUAAGGCCACCAGCACCAAGGGCUCCGGCUCCUCCGGCUACAUCUGGGAUCCCUGCAGCUGGACGUCCUCCAGUACCUCCACGAGUGACAGUCCAUCUGGCACCGUACAAUGGACUGUCAUCCGUUGUCCAGUGGUGGCUGAACUUCCUGUCGUAUGUUCAGCUAUAUCAGCUAAUAGACGACCAAGCUAUUAACAUAUUACCAUUCUACUUCACAGAGCCGGUAAAACAUUGGUUUUACCAACUUGAAGCCAACGCUAGGAGCUCCCUAUCCCAAUUUAAACUGGCCUUCUUCUCCAGAUUCAGGAAGAAUGACGAGGACCUAGAUCUGGAUGACAUCAAACAAGGUCAGGAAGAGGAUAUUGAUUCCUUUCUCUUCAGGCUACAACAGGCAGCUUCUGACCUCAACAUCACUGAAGUUGAACUGACCAAAAAAGCAGUCAAAGGGCUCCGGCAAAACAUCAGGGGCCAUGUAUACAUGAGAAAACCGAGGACCAUGGAAGAUCUACGACAGGAGGCCAAGCUGGUGGAGCGGGGACUCAACAUGUCCAACCCCAUAGGAGACGACAUAACAGCAACUAUUCAGGCCUCCGUCAAUGCAGCGGUCUCUUCGAUGCAACAGCUCAUGGCACCAAUGUCGGCGAUGGAGUCAGACCCCACCAACCGUCCACCCAACCGCCCACCCCUUCAUCAGUAUCAGCAGCGUCAACAACAUCAGCAGAAUCAACAACAUCAGCAACAUCAUCAACAAUCGUCAAGACAGGAGAGCAUGAGAGGAAAGAGAGUGUGUUUCAAAUGUGCUCUGGGGUUUGUGAACAGGCUCUGUUUCGAGACAUGCAAGACAUGGAAUGGACACAGGUACCACCUGCUACGGCCGACGAAUUAUUGAACAGAGCCUCAACACCGCCCUGUAGGAUGACAGAGAGUAUGGACUUUGAUGACAUUGUUGAAAGUUCCUUCCACUGCGAGGAUUCGCUAUUGAUGGAGGAAGAUGCAUUGUCUGCUGCUCACUUCUUUUCAGAGCUUGCUGAUGUCUCCUUCCAUGAGGGUGCUUCUCUUAUUCGUGAUCUACAGGUGGAUUCGCUAAGCGAAUCGUUUAUCGAUUAAUAUGAUUUAUUCACAAUGAUUGCAAGUACAACAAUUUUAUAUGUGAACCAAUUCUUUGUUUUAUUUUUGGUGAUUCUUAAACUAAAAAUGUUCUUGGUUAUGAAGAAACAUACGUGAUAUGUUUUAUACAAUUUAUUGAUGGCAACAAUAAUGUAUCCAUGGUAUUUAGAAUGUGUCAGAAGAUUUUCCUUGAGCCUAUAUUCUUGUGCGGAUUGAUAUCAAUUAACAAAAAGAAAUUCAUGAUUUUCUGUUGAUUAAAAUACGUUGAUAACAAAUUUUACCUCCGAUAAAAGAAGUCAUUCUUUCAUGAUUCAUAUCACUGCAUUUUGAUAAUUGAUGUAUUAGUUUGACCAUCAAUACGAAAAUGUGAUUUAACCCAGUGAUGGGAAACCCCUUUGCAGUGACUAUACUGAGUUGAUAUACAUCAACUCGUAAAAAUUACUUUUAUAUAUUUUUUUUCACAUUAAAAACACACACAAUCCAAGGAAAAGAAAACUAACAUUACUUCCAUUAUAUUUCACCAUUUUUUUUAAACAAAUUCUAAUCAUAUAAAAUUCAGCGAAUUAUCUGGUUUUCAUCCUGUCCAUAAUCUUUUGUACCUCUUCACAACAGGUCUAGGCAACCUCCGUUUUUGAAGGAUAGCUCAAUUUCAAGAUGGCUGCCAAUUUUUACCAUAUAUGGAAAGUUGCUUUGAAUUGUGGGUGAAAUUAUCCUCCAUUUUUGGAGGAUAGCAUGGGUAUAUUUCAUUGGCUUCGUGCAUAUCUUUAAUGGGAAAAUGCAAGCACCAUACCACAUGGAAAUUGAAGUUAAGGAAUUAAUCUAAUGAUUGUAUGCGGCGAUUUGAAAUUCUAUGUAUAGUAUUUUCAAAAUAUGCGUCGAAAGUAUGUACUUCCUGUGCUCAGUUUUACAAAUGGCAUAGACU